ACUACGACUACGACCAGUCCGACGACGGCAAGCCUGCACUUCUUUACGUGCACAUCGUCCUCAUGAGCAUCGCCUUCUUCGGCCUGCUGCCGCUCGCCAUCUUCCUCAAGGCCGGCCGUUCUGCCCUGUCGAUCAUUCCGCAGACUGGCUUCCUCGCGACGGCUGUCGUCGGCCUCUUCUUCGGCAAGGUCUACAACGGCGUCACGCCCGACCUGUACGAGCACUCGUCGCACUCGUCGAUCGGCUGGUCGGUCAUGGUGCUCGUCCUCGCGCUCAACGUCGUCGAGGUCGGGCGCUUCGUCCUUCGCUCGACUCGCUUGAGCGCCAAGCUGCACGGCUACUCGAGCUCGAGCGGCGGCAACGAGGACGUCGAGCCCAUCUACCAGCUUGGUGACGACGACGACGACGGUGACGAGUCAACGCGUCUCGUCCACUCGCCCGCCUCGAUCUCGUUCGAGCACGAGCGCGACGAUGUUGCGCGUUGGACGUCGCCCGGCCGCGAGCCCCGUCGCAGCUCGUCUCGCGGUCAGUCGUUCUCGGACGAGGAGACCGUCAUCGACGUCGUCGACCCCAACUCGCUCGCUCUCGAGGACGGCGGCGCCCGCUCGGACCCCGUCAAGCGCUGGCGCAAGUUCGGCGCGCUCGCGCUCGACUUUGCGCAGCGCAUGCUCGUUCUGCUCGGCUACGUCGAGGUCUGCUCGGGCGUCGCUGUGUGGACGGGCACGUGCCGCGAGCGGUACCUCAACGGCUGCCUCGCACACGUCGUCAAGGGCUCUAUCUUUGUGUGGUACGGCCUCCUGACGUUCGCGCGGUACUGCGGCGCCUUCUCGUCGCUCGGCUGGGCGUGGAAUCGCCACCCGUCCAAGACGACGACCAUCUGGACGGCCGAGUUCGUCGAGGCCGCCGUAAUUACGCUCUACGGCUCGACAAAUGUCUGGAUGGAGCGCUUCGGCAAGACGGGCGCUUGGUCGGUCAAGGACGUUCAGCACGUCUCAAUCGCCGUCCUCUUCUGGGCAGGAGGAGCGCUCGGCAUGCUCCUCGAGUCGCGCACCGUCCGCUCGUGGCUGUCGACGCCGGCCGCGCAGGCGUCCGGGCGAGGCCUGAGCGCCAUCACCCCGCCGGCGGCGGCCGCGUUCAGCUUCAACCCGUUCCCUGCGCUCUGCAUCUUCGUCAUCGGCGUCGCCAUGGCCGCCCACCACCAAAAUUACGUGUUUCAGGUCGAGAUCCACGCGCUUUGGGGCAACCUCCUCGCCGCCUUUGCCAUCUUCCGCUUCAUGACCUACUUCUUCCUCUACCUGCGCCCGCCGGCGUCGAUCCUCCCCGGCCGACCACCGACCGAGGCGCUCGCGAGCCUGUGUUUGACGAGCGGCGGCGUCGUCUUUAUCCUCUCGACCGAGCAGGUCACGUUCGCCGCCAUGCGGCACCACUUCGACGACGUCAUGGCUUUCCUGUGCCUCACGGUCGCCGCCGUCUGCGCCUGGUUCCUCUGGACCGCGUCCCUCUUCGGAAUCAAAGGAUGGGCCCUCUCUCGAAAUCCGCCGUCGUCGACUGCCUCUUGGCAGGGAAAGGCGGCAGCCUCGACCUGACGCCCACACCUGAUCGCGCUUCUACACGACCUCGCUUCUGCCUCGUCGGCCUCACCACCUCGCCGUCACCUUUAGCUUCGCCUCCCCUUUCACCUUUUCCCCACGUCGUCGUCUCGCCUUCUCUAUCCCCCCUCGCCAUGCACACCCUCACUUUGUCGGUACCCCGUACUUGUAACUCGACGACGGCCAAGUUCCCGAGGCGCCGCCGUCGACGGCGGCUCCUGACCCUAGCUUUCCCUCCUCUAUCGUCGCCUCUCCUCUCAGCCUAAUGUGUAGCUUGAUGUCGCGAACCGCUUCUCGAUCACGAUCAAAGUUUCUCU